UCUCCUAAAGACCUUUGCAAACCUGUAACGUUAACUCUAAACUAAUUGUUGUUGCGCUCCGACUGGAUUCAGGUGAGUUAUCUUCCGGUUAAAAUGCUGUCGACCGGCAAAGGUGUUGCGGGAGCACCGGGGCUCGGAGGUGCGGAGCCCGGCACCGGGAGUCGAAGAGACGGUCACAGAGGAGCCCUAAGCGGGGAGGAGAGACGACAAGGCCUCGGUGUUCAUGAGAUGCCGGAUGGGUCCAGAUACGAGGGAGAAUGUGUGAACGGAUUCAAACACGGUAAAGGGAGGUACACCUGGAGUAACGGAGAGUUCUAUGAGGGCUCUUUCUACAAAGACUACAAGCAUGGGGACGCACUGUACUGCUGGUCCACAGGCCACAAGUUCACUGGCAAGUUCUACCUCAACAGAAAGGAAGGAUAUGGACAACAUCUGUUCCCUGAUGGAGCCACCUUUCAGGGUUUGUACCAUGCUGACAAGAGGUUUGGUCCAGGUGUGGCGAGUUAUCCAGAUGGGUGUAAGGAUGUGGGUCUGUGGCUCGGAGGGCGCCUGAUAAGGCUCUGUACCGCUGUAGAAGAGGGCUUUAGCCUGAAGAACUUUCCUGAAUAUGCUGCCUACAUGGACCCAGCUGCCACCACAGCUUCCCUGUCUCAGCCUCCCACUAGUGUCCUACAGCCAGAAGCCAGGGUGGACUCUGUGGUGGAUACGGACGGAGAUCUGCUGCCAGAUGAUUUUAUCCUUCCCCCCGGCAUGGAGAGUUACUCAACCGAUGGCGAUCACUUACCGCUGCCCCCUGGCCGAAGGAAAGAGCUGGAUCAGCUCUUCUAUGGUGAGCUGUGGGAGCCGGAUGCUUACCAAGGCUAUAAGCUGGACCCACUGGCCUCCCUGCCCUCACAGCCCCGCAUACUGGCUCACAUGCACAAACACAGACUACUGGCUGAAAAUGUGGGCUGGGAUGUGGCAGCUGUUCUCGCUCUGAACCGGGAAAGUUUUGGUCCUAAAGGGCCUUUGGAAGUCAGUUCAGAGUUGUUGAUCCAGCACGCUUCCAGAGGGGAACUGCAGGCAGUGUCCAAGAUCCUCCAGGCCGGUUUGGUCCACCCUGACGUGGCAGAUUCACAGGGACACACUGCACUGAUCGCUGCCACAGUAAACUGCCAUGAUGACGUAAUCCAUCUUUUGUUGGAUCGGGGUGUCGAUGUUGACAAGUUGAAUUGUGAAGGCAUGUCUGCCCUGGCUGCGUGUCACGUCCUCUACUACCCUUUGCAGUCUCUGCACACCACUUUGGCUGAGACACCCUCCAAAACUCAAGGUUUGAGGUCUCCAUCUGCAUGCGGGAACAGUCCCCAGAUCAGCCGAGUGGACUUCACCACAGACACACCCAGGACAGCAGAAAAACUAACAGAGCACAUCUUACAUCACAGCAGUAAAGUGUCUAUUAACAGUGAGCUCAUCACUGAGCGUUGGGCUGACAUCAAUGAACCUGAGACCCCUACAGACGCUGGAGACCAACAGGAAGAGGGAGAAGGAGAGGAAAGAGACUGCAAGGAGACAGGAAGAGAGGGAAAGGUUAGAGAGAGAGAAGAGAGGAGCAGAGGGGUGGAUGAGAAUGAGAGCAAAGGGGAGGAAAGAGGGAUAGAGAGCAGAUGUGAUCAAACAUGGGGAAAUGGAGAAAGUGAGGUGAAAGAGAUGGAAAGAGACUUUAACAAGAGAGAGGAAGAUGGGUCUGGUGGUAGAAGAGAAACAGGGUCAAAAGAAGAGAAUAUUAAGGUGAGGGAGGAGGUAGAGGAAGAUGCAGAGGAGAGAGUAAGGAAUCAUCAUGAGGAGGAUAAAAAGGAGAGAGGAAGUGAGGGCGUGCCUGGUGUGCAGCGCUUCAUUCAGGUGUUGGACGGUCACAAUGCACUGGGCAGCGUACAGUGGAAGGAAUGUCGUGCUGAGGCCGCAGGAAGAGUUCAGCAGGGCAAAGACGAAGAACUGACCCAAAAUACGUCCUUCGAGUCUGCCUGCUCCGUCAGGAGCUAUGACAUCCAGGUCACAGAGGAGACUGUACGCAAGAUGGCUGCCAUGAAAAUUGAACACCGGGUUCGUUUGAACACCCUGAAGCUGUUACUGGAACGGGGAGCUGACCCCAACGCAUCCAGGGUCCCCAUGCCGGUUCUCUUUUUAGCCAUUAUGGCGGCUGACAAUGAGGCCGUCAGGAGACUACUGCUGUGUGGAGCUCGCACUGACAUUCCCCUUCCUCCUGAGAGAAAAGGUCUUUAUCCCCUGCAUGUAGCUGCAGCAUUGCCAGGUCCAGCAGGUCCCAGAAUCACAGAGUUUUUGCUCCACGCUAUCACUGACCCAGACGCACGAGCAUGCGACCAGAAUGAGAUCUGUGAAGGAGAUACGAUUUUCAUGAAGGCCCAGGAAUCAGUGAGCCCCAAUGAGAACCCAAAUCUCAAAGAAGGAGGCCGAACGGCUCUCCACAUGGCCUGCCAGAGAGACAAUGACUACCGGAAUGCCAGCAAGGUGGUAGCCCUCCUGCUCUCCCACAGGGCCAGCACAGACCUCCUCUGGAGUGGACACUCACCUCUGUCCCUGGCUAUAGCAAGUGGCAAUGAGCUGGCUGUGGAGGAGCUGUUGAACGGAGGCGCAGAUCCCAACAUCCCGCUGGGCCGCAGGGUGGGCAGCGCCCUCUGUGCCAUCGCCAACUUCAACUACCACUUAGGUGGCAACAGAACUAAGCUGUUGGGCAUGUUAGUUAAAGCUGGUGCCGACAUCUUGAUGCCAGUUAUGGUUGGUGAUGUUGUGGGAACCGCAGUCGACUAUGCACACUACUCCUUCAACCAGGACUUGCGUAUUGCCAUCACUCCCUUCCACGCUCUGAACAUGCGGGAGAGGGAAACAUUCAAAGCACGGCACCAGCUGCUGAGCAUGAUGGGAGAUAUGCUGAGACAGCUUGCUGGCCAGAGAGAAAAAGAAAAUUUAGAGAGAGAACAACGCCUUACGUUGAAGAUAACAGGUAACACAGGGGCAGGUGCCUUUUCCUCAAACAGGUCCCUCCACAGCUGUGAAAGGCUAUCACCCAUAACAGAAAAGCAGAGGAAACCAGUGUUUAAGUUCUGCUAUCAAUGCGGUCGCUCACGGUCCGUGAAGCUGACUGCAUGUCGCUGCCACAAGGUCUUCUACUGUUCCAGGGCCUGCAAACUGAAAGCAUGGGAUGAAAGACACAAGGGAGAGUGCAUCCGGGUGACAGCAUCUGCUGAUGGAAUCCAGAAGAGGGUUAUGUUGAAGUCCAAAACAGUCCAGAGGCCCCCGAGUGUUAAGUUCCAAUCCCACACAGCCCCCAAGCCCAUGGGCAUGGCGGAGAAUGUCUUGGAGAGCAAAGUCAACCCGAAUGAAAACUACAGCUACAACUGAUUGAUACGAAAAUGUCACAUACUUAAUUACAGCUGAAGUAAAACUUUAUCAACCUAAUAUUGCAAUGCACUUCUGUUACAUCAUUUCUUUCUCUGAUUCUUUAAGUCUUAAAUUUAUAUAUUUGGCUGAAUGGUGAUGACAAUAUUUUGUGCCAUAAUCCUUUAUCUUUGGUAUAUUUAUUCCUGUGAGUUUGCAAUCUGUUAUAGUAUUACAAUAAUAGUGUAACAAUGUACGUCCCUAUCUGUACUAAAGCCACAGAAACACUGAAUGUCUACAUUU